CAGAAAUCGGUGAAGAUGGCUGCGAAUUUGCAGUCGAUGAAUCUCUAUUGGAAAAACUUCGACUUGCAAGACUUACAGAAAAACUUAGAUACUACUGCCACAGAACUUGCAGGGAGGCAAGAUGACAGCGACAUAUCACGUAAAAAACUUGUAGAACAAAGCAGAGAUUUCAAAAAGAACACCCCAGAGGAUAUACGCAAAGUUGUAGCACCACUUCUGAAAAGUUUCCAGGGUGAAAUAGAUGCACUUUCCAAGCGGAGUAAAGCUGCGGAAGCUGCCUUCCUUAAUGUUUACAAGAAACUCAUAGAUGUCCCAGAUCCAGUGCCUGCCCUGGAGUUUGCCCAGGGAAUACAGAAAAAGGCUCAAAAAGUUCAAGACUUAGAAAUUGAGAACACAAAACUGCGGGAAACCUUAGCAGAAUACAAUGCUGAGUUUGCAGACGUCAAAAAUCAAGAAGUGACCAUAAAGUCUCUCAAAGACAAACUUAAGGAGCAUGAAGAGAAGCUAGAACAAACAAUACAGGGGAGAACGAAAGAGAAAGAAAAACAGCUUCAGAGAAGUUUUGCUGAGAAAGAGCAUCAGCUCCAAGAGACUCAACUUUCUGUUGCUAAGCAACUGGGAGAGUCAGAACAGAAAGUUUCAACUUUACAAAGUGCGCUAGACAGCGUGCAGUCAGAACUAUUUGACCUGAAGUCAAAGUACGAUGAAACAUCAUCUGCUAAAUCUGAUGAGAUGGAGAUUGUAAUGUCAGACCUGGAGAGAGCAAAUGAGAGGGCAGCAGCAUCUGAGAGACAAGUUGAGCAACUACGGCAACAACUGUCAUCUGCCACACAGAAUCUCAAUCAAGCAGAACAGAUGUCAAAAGCUCCUGACAUGGAACAAGCCAUAGAUAUAUUGAAACGCUCAAGUCUGGAAGUUGAAUUGGCUGCCAAAGAAAAAGAGAUCAGUCAACUUGUUGAUGAUGUUCAGCGACUUCAGAGCUCACUAAACAAGCUAAGGGAGACCACAUCUACCCAGAUUGCCAACUUAGAGGAGGAACUUACCCAGAAAACUCAAGCAUUGAAGACCAUUGAAGAGCGAAUGAAGGGCCAGGAAGAUUAUGAAGAAACUAAACGUGAAUUGAACAUUUUAAAAUCAAUUGAAUUUCCCAGUAAGAAUUCAGAGGCUGCGCCAGAUUCAGCGGCCAUUAAAAAAUCCCUGGAGAUGCUGCUAUUGGAGAAAAACAAAGCCUUACAGACAGAGGCGACCCAACUUAAAUUGGCCAAUCGCGAAGUCACAGAGCGCUACAAUGGUCUCCAAGAGCAGUACAGUGAUGCUGUAGCCACGAUGCAGGAACAAAAGCAAUUGAUUGUUCAGUUGGAGGAAGAUCUACGUAGUGUCAAUGCUCUCUCCACCAUGUUCAGACCUGAUGCAGAGGGAGAGGCAGGUCCACCUUCAGAAACAGCUGAAUAUGUUGCGAAUGCAGUUAAAGAAAUGUCCCCAGCUUCUCCUACAUCAGAUUCCAAAAUGGCUGUCAACUCACUACUGCCGAUUGUUCAAAGCCAGCGUGAACGAUUCAGAGUCCGAGCACAGGAGUUGGAAGCUCAAAAUCUCUCCCAACAACAACAAGUUGUCUUGCUUCAAAAUGAGACAGACAAACUAAGAUCUGACAACGUCAAACUUUAUGAGAAAAUAAAGUUCCUACAAAGCUAUCCUCAAAAGGGUCGUUCCCAUGUUGAAGAUGACACAGAAGACAAGUACUCUACUCAGUAUAAUGAAAAGCUAGACCCAUUCUCAUCAUUUACCAAAAAAGAAAGACAAAGGAAAUACAUGGACCUGAAGCCUUAUGAUAAAAUUACUCUGAGCAUGGGGAGAUUCAUCAUGGGAAACAAGGUUGCAAGGACCAUUGCUUUCUUCUAUACAAUGCUUCUACAUUGCCUGGUCUUCCUGGUGCUUUACAAGGUGGCACAUACGGAGUCAUGUAAACGAGAUCUUGCUGUCGAUUGUCAUCAAAAGUUUGCUGAGCAUAUGUGGAAUGUUCACGGACAAAAUGAUGGGCACGGAAGCUGAAAAUCUUUAAUUUUGCAACCUGUUAGACAAGACACAUUUCUGGAAAAACAUUAUUUAUAAAGCAUGGAAAGUUUGAUUGAAAAUGGACUAUACAUUGUCAGUACAACUGUUGUUUUGGCCUUGGGACCAUUUUUUAGUCUGGAACUAAUAAAAGCCUUGAACUGAGAGUAUAUCAAAAAGGUAGAAUAUAUAAUUCCCAUAUUAAGAUUGGGACAAAAUGCUACUCUUAUAUUCUAAUUUUUGACAAAUUCUCAAGAAAAAUACAAAUAUAAGGCUGUUUUAAUAUAUUUUAGGCUUUAAGUUGUUAGUAAUAAAGGUCAGUCAGUUAGGGGUUCCUAAAUACUAUAAAUAGAACCCUGAUGAAUGGUAAUUAUUGAACCAGAAUGAUCUAGCUACAUAA